UACGUUUUACUCUAGAUUGUACCUCUUCCCAAAGCCUUUUGUUGUUGUUGUUGUUGAAGCCAUUGGCUCUGGUCCAGUAACAUUCUCUAUACUAUGCUUUUAUUUUUCUGCGUUUGAGCUGAAUUUAUUGUAAUUUAAAGCUUUCUUUUAUUUUUCUGUGUUUGAGCUGAAGUUUUGUAAUCUAAAGCUUUCAAAGCCUUGUUGUCUUCCUGUUCAAUGCUCUCCAGUAAAUGCCUUUAGUUGGACUACCAUUUUCCCCAGGAUUUGAUCUUUAAAUCAGUUGUGCGUAUCAUAGUUGUCACGGAAUCUAAGUGAGGCGUUGGAGGGGCCUGGAUGUCAAAGCGACGCCAACAAGGCGCCCUUCCAGCAAAGGGUGCCUAGGCGUCACCUUGACAACUACGAUGCAUAUCUAGUUAUUGCAUUCAUGGUUACAGUUUUUGCCCUUAUCUGAAUAUCCUCUUAUUGCUCAGCAGAAAGAGAAAUAGAUUUCUACUAAAAGUAUAAUUCUUGUUGAGUGGUUAGAUCAAUUCCUUCUACAAGAAGUACUAUUCUUAUUGAGUGGUUAUUCUUCUCUGGGCUGCAAGCCUGCAUUAAGAGUUUCCUGGUCAUUAUUAUCCUCCUGCUGUUCUCAUAAAUUUUCAUUAUAACUACAGGUUUUUAAUUGAUCUACGUGUGGUUUCUCUGUAAGUCUCAGCUUUCAACUAUUAUAAAUAUGCAAUUUUAAUGUGGUUCUUGAUCUGUUGAAGGGAACUUUUGUUCCACCUUGUCCUUUUUUAUGGAAAACAAGAAAAUUACAUUAAGGUGAAAGAAAUUAUUGCAACCAUUGAACUGGGAAGAAUUCUGAGAUUUGUUUAACGGUAAACAUAUAAAAAAAUAGUGAACAAGAAAUUAUGAUUUGCGGAUCAGGUUUCUCUAGUUUGUCGCCAAAACUAAUCUUGAUAAUCCAGUAAAUUCCCUCUUUGUUGUUGUUGGACAAAGUGAUGGGUACAGUCAAAUUGCCCAGGUUGCUUAACUUGAGUUUAUUUUGAACCUUCAAAUUGCAUUGGAGUUCAUGUUCAAGAAUGGCCGGUCAAGUGGCAUCCUGUUAUACUAAAGGAAAAAAUAGAUCUUUGUAUUACUUCUAGCUGAUGCAGAAUUUCAGCAGAAACAACAACAAUGAUUAUAUUAAGUUGUUAAAAUAGUACGGGACACCUAAUCAUAGCCUGCAGCUGGGAGAAGGUUCCUUUAUUUCUUUUGGUUAUGCUUUCUUUAUAUUUUAUAGUGUUUAAGGAGAGACUCUUAGCAAUUUUAUUAAUGAAAUAUUGGCUUUCAGUCCAUUAGUUCAGAGAUUCAGAGCUCCCAUUCGCUGUGAGAUGCAGUGAAGCCUUAGUGGAAUUCCAAGCUUGAGUCUGAGGCCAGCUCAGAGGAUCAGGUGGGAUUCCUGAUUCAUAACUUCCCACCACCUAUUUUCUAUUCUUCUUCUCCAUCAAUCAAACAUGUCAGAUUUAUCCUGUGCAUCUCUAGUUCUUUCUAUUCUGUUUCUGAUUCUAUUUAUCCUGUUACACUCUAGCUUAUUAAUCUGAUUUCGAGCUUCUGUUUUUGUUUCAUUUCAGUUUUAAAGACCCUAAAAUUUCUAUCAAUUUCAAGAGUCCUACUCCCUUUUUUAAUUUUUCUUUUAAAUUUCUUAUUUCUGGAUUGAUCUUUCCAUUCUGAUUUCUGAUUUCGGUUACUGUUUAAUUAACGUAUCAUUCUGUUAAAUGAUUCUGAUUUGAGCUCCCUAAGCCUGAUAUCGAAUUCUGAUUUUCUGUCAGAAUUUCAGUUUCCUGUAUUAAGUUGGAUUCUCCCGUAUCUUAAAAUCUAUCCGUUGGAUUGCUUCCUAAUUUGAUGGUUUGUUCCCUAUACCUAAUUGAGCAUUUGACCAGAUUAUGGCUGGAUCAGACUUGUCUUCUUUCUAAUAUUGGUUUCUUUUGAAUUCUGGUUUCUUUAUCGAGCGAUUCUGAAAACUCCUGGUCUUUUGAAUUCUAUCUCUAAGUGGUUAGAAUCCCAUUACAAUCUUAAUUAAUUUUUAAAACCACUUGAAAUAUCACCAAUAAUCCAUUAUCUCUGCAUAGUUUGAAAAUUCUCCCUUGAUUCUAGAUCUGAUUUUUGGAUUUCUUUCCCGUUACUUCUUAUUAUUCCCAGGUUUGAAUUUGAAUAUUAAUUUUCUAUUUUUUUUAUUGGAAUCUUUAUCUCCUAGUCUUAGCCAAAUGGGAAUUUCUGAUUCACAUUUGAAUCAGGAAAGCCUCUUUAUGCAUUUGUUAUCAUUUUUCCUUUGAUAAAAUAAAUUGUUCAGUACUGUAGCUCCUAUUUUGAAUGAAUCCCAUGGAUAAUAAAUGAGUGUUGUCACGUAUGCAAGAGGUGCAUCAAGCUGUGGCACAGGGAGCGCAUGUUUGGACUGCAAGGCCAAUUGUUUAGUCAGAAGCUCACCUUUUGUGCCUAUUCCUGCACCUGGGAUGUAGCAAUAGGUGCACCAGGCGAGCACCUAAGUGAAGAUGCUGCAUAUUUUCAAUGUUGCUGUGGACAUGGUUCUUUGUGAGUGCACCAUGAACUCCAUGAUUUAUGUGAAGCCCGAUAUCUGUAACAUCACCACACAUAUAUCUGUUUUUACAUGCUUCUCUCAAGUGCAUACGGGGGUUAAAUUUCCAAGGAUCAAGAGCUUAUGUGCAGCUUGUAAAGAAGAGAUAUCCUUCCCUUCAAGAGGGUGGCCCAUAUUCCAUCCUACUGUGCCAACCCCAAUGCUCAGCAGGCAUUAUGGUAGCUUGUCACAUUCACUUGUACUACCAACACGGAGCAGCAUGGCAAACAGGUCACGUAUGAGUCCUAGAGCAUCCAAAGAUGCAGCUUCCAGUUUCUGCUACCCGCAGAUGACCAGAAAGCCUAGGUGGUGGUGGAGGACAUUAGCUUGCAUCCCCUAUCUCAUUUCUUUCCAUUGGGCAUGGACGUCUGCGGAAACUGCUUACUAUCUCCACCCUUUCUUAGAAGACUUCGAAUUCCUGACUUAUCCCUUCCUCAGAGCUCUCAAGAGGUUGCCUCCCUGGUUCUUGAUGGCGUAUUUCAUUACAGCUUAUCUUGGGGUAGUGAAGAGGAAGGAAUGGCCACAUUUCUUCCGGUUCCAUGUUGCGAUGGGCAUGCUCCUUGAGAUCACCCUAGAGGUAAUGGGGACUGUGAGUCAUUGGUUGCCCCUUUCCAUGUACUGGGGGAAGUUUGGCAUGCACUUUUGGACAGCUGCUGCAUUUGCUUACCUCUUUACUUUGGUUGAGUGCAUGCGAUGUGCUUUUGUGGGCAUGUAUGCUGAAGUUCCCUUUGCAUGUGAUGCUGCAUAUAUCCAAAUGUCAUUUGAUUAAUUAGGGUAAUGAUGAGUCGGGAAAGGAAACUCACUGUAUCUCUUUCACUCUCUCUCCAUCUUAUUUCACUUUUGUAGGAUGCUUUUAUCAGCAUCUACAGAAAUUCUUCCAGUUAAAUGUUUUCUUUGAAACUUGUCAUGUUGAGGAUACACUUCCUAAUUGAAGAUACAUAGAUAAAUUUUCAAGAAAGAUUUCCUGGGUUUCAAGAA